AUGACGCACUAUGCGGAAGAAGAGGAAGAACUCGCAAGUGAGCCGGAUUCAUGGGAGUUGUCUAGGGAAGAAAGGAUAGAGUUGGAGGCGCUCCAGCGGGCGUUUUUGUCUUUUGAACGUAGCGGAUUAGGAACGACAGACUUAGAGAAGAACACCAUCGACUUAGUGGAAGGUGCCCAACCAUUCAAAGAUAGGUCCUACCCGUUAUCGCCAUCGAUGCAGAAAGUAGUGGAUGAUGAAGUGGACAAAUUGUUGAGUUUGGGCGUUAUAGAAGAGUGCAACAGCCCAUGGAGUAACCGCACAACAGUAGUGCGAACGCCGGGUAAAACCCGUUUUUGCCUCGAUGCACGCAAGGUCAACAAUCUGACAGUGAAAGACGCGUAUCCACAACCCUGCCAACGUCUGGUUCGUCUGAUGGACAAGGUGAUUCCCACCGAGCUACGAUCCAACGUCUUUGUGUAUUUGGACGACUUACUAGUUAUUUCCAGAUUUUCAGACGCACUGAAGAUAUCUGCGACAAAUAGAAUCCCUUUUACAUGCAUCACUGCCCACGCCAGCUUAAAAUGGUUGAUGUCCAUGAAGGACCUAAACGGGAGAUUAGCUCGUUGGUCGUUGCAGCUGCAAGGCUACGACUUUACCAUCGAGUACCGUAAAGACAGGCUCUAUUGCGUAGUGUCGAAGCAGUGGGCAAGGUUCCAGAAGAUCUUCUCGAAUUUGAGACCCCCGAGUUCGAGUCAGCGGAAUAUCAGGUGUUGCUCGAACAAGUACGUCUUAAUCAGGACAAACUGCCAAACCUGA